AUGGCUUGCAAUUUCUUCAAAACUCUUUUCACUGAAGACUUAUGUGACAGAAGGUGGAUUUCUUCAGGAAACCUUUGGCCUGAUCAUCUAGAGCGGGAAAAGGAUUCUUUAAGCAAAGUCCCGCAUGAGAUGGAAAUUAAACAAAUAACUUUCAGCAUGGGAGCUUUCAAGGCACCAGGUAUUGAUGGUUUUCCUGCAUUUUUCUUUCAGAAGAAUUGGGAAUUAAUUAAAUCUCAGAAAGUAGUUUCUUCUGCUCAAUCUAGUUUUGUGCCCCAGCGCCAUAUUCAAGAUAAUAGCAUUAUUGUGCAAGAACUGGUUCAUUCUAUAAGGAGAAUGCGGGGUAAGAAGUGUUUUAUGGUGAUUAAGGUGGAUCUUGAGAAGGCUUAUGAUCGUUUAAAUUGGAAGUUCAUUCAUAGAGUGCUUGAUGAAAUUCAGAUUCCUGAUAAACUUUCAAAACUGAUAAUGGCAGCUGUCACAUCUCCAGAAACCAACAUUAUUUGGAAUGGUAAGUUAACAGAGGAAUUCCAACCAAGCAGAGGCGUCAGGCAAGGAGACCCGAUCUCUCCUUACUUGUUUGUCUUGGCAAUGGAGAAGCUUUCUCAUAUUAUUGAUACAGUAGUGAAUGAGAAUCUUUGGAAGCCAAUAAGAGCUGGUAAGGGUGGACCCAAAAUAUCUCACCUCCUAUUUGCGGAUGAUUUGAUGCUUUUUCUAGAAGCCAGUAAGGAUCAGCUUAAUAUCCUUUUCAGAUGUUUGAAUUUGUUUGGAGACAUUUCUAGACAAAAGCUUCAAAGAGCCUUUAUAUGGGGUGAUACAGAAAGGAAGAAACAUAUGCAUCUUAUUGGUUGGGACACAAUUACAAGACCAAAAGCAGAUGGAGGGCUGGGGUUGAGGAAACUACAAGUCAUAAAUGAAGCUUUCUUGGGAAAACUAGUUUGGAAUUUUGUUAAUGAUCCUGAUCAGCUUUGGGUGAAGACCAUUGGGGAAAAACUUGCAAACAGAGCUAUUGCUCAAAUUUCACCAACAAAGGCUGGUAAGAGAGUAAUUGAUUAUGUUACUCAUUAUGGAACUUGGGAUUAUGAGAUUAUAUCUAAUUUUCUUCCUGAUGAUUGUGUUCAAAUUAUUAGAAGCAUGCUGCCUCCUCAUGAAUCUAAUGGUAUGGACAGAAAAUGGUGGAAUUUAGUUGGAUCAAAUGAAGUUACUGUGAAAAAUAUUUAUUUUACAUUGCUAAAUCAAAAUAGUUCUAAUGGUAUCGACAAAAAAUUCUGGUCAGCCAUUUGGAAUUUAAAAGGACCCAAUCGGAUAAGUUUGUUCCUUUGGAAGAUUGCUCAUCAUCGUCUAUCAACUAGGAGCUUCUUGGCAAACUUUAGAUUGUGUCCUCCUAGCUGUCCUAGAAAGUGA